AUGGCGACUCUUCGAAGGGCUGUUACCUACAUUCCGUGGCUUGUGUCGGUGAUCUCCGGUGCAUCUCUUCAAAGAAUCGCCGAGCCCUUCGGCUACAAUCCCACAAAGGUUGGUUUCUACAUCUACGUCCCCGACGCUCUCGUUCCGCACCCGCCCGUCCUAGUCGAUCCUCACUGGUGCCACGGCGACGCCAACGCCGCGUUUCGCGGAUCUCAGUUUGCGACGCUCGCCGACAAAUACGGCUUCAUCGUCAUAUACCCUGACUCGCCCAACACGGCGGACAAGUGCUGGGAUGUGUCGUCCCGGGAGACUCUGACCCAUAACGGCGGUGGCGACAGCCUCGGCAUUGCCAGCAUGGUGCGCUGGACUCUGGACAAGUACGGAGGGGAUAAGGGCCGUGUCUUCGCGACGGGGGUCUCAUCGGGCGCGAUGAUGACAAAUGUUCUUAUGGGCUCUUAUCCCGACAUGUUUGCCGCCGGCUCGGCUUUUGCGGGCGUGCCGUUUGGCUGCUUUGCUGCGCCUGGGAACAACAGCGGUGUGUACGGGUAUUGGAACGAUGCGUGUGCCACCGGCAAGGUGUCGCACACGGCAGAGGAGUGGAAAGCCAUUGUCGAGGCCGCGUAUCCGGGAUACAGCGGCUGGCGGCCAAAGUUGCAAAUAUUCCAUGGGACAGCAGAUGAGGUGCUGAGCUACAACAACUACAACGAGGCUGUCAAGGAAUGGACGGCCGUUUUGGGCUUGAGCACCACGCCCAGCUCGGUCACGGAGGACACUCCAGCCAAGGGCUGGACAAAGUCGGUGUAUGGCCCCGAUAGCUGGUUCGAGGCAUACAGCGCAGCAGGGGUGCCGCACAAUAUCCAAGUGCAGGAGGAUACUGUCAUGAAGUUCUUCGACUUAGCAUGUAAGGGAGACGGUUGCUUCAAAUGGGGAAAAGGGGGCCUGCAUAGCAAAUGCCGCCGCUCUCGCAACUAG